UCCAGCGCCGGGAGUGUGGCCGCAGUUGGUUGCCGCCACCAUGUCCCUGCAGGGUUACUUUGAUAAGGCAGCUGACGACGUGAGGAAGCUGAAAACCAGGCCAGACGAUGAGGAACUGAAAGUCCUCUACGGGCUCUACAAACAGUCUGUAGUGGGAGACGUGGAUAUUGAGUGUCCAGGAGUGUUAGAUCUAAAAGGCAAGGCUAAAUGGGAAGCCUGGAACCUCCAAAAAGGAUUAUCGAAGGAUGAUGCCAUGAGUGCCUAUAUUUCUAAAGCAAAAGAGCUGAUAGAAAAAUACGGAAUCUAGAAUUCAGCACGUAAGAAAAUUUCCCUUUCGGAGCCUUCGUAAUGGUAUCACGACCUAAGAUUUAGGGGAGGGACGUGCCAUUAACUCUUUCCGUAUCAUGAGUAUUUUUGCUAUUAACACGAAUUGCAGUUCUUAACUAGAGGUAUGCUGAAACUACAUAUUUAAUGAAAUUUUACUUGCUAAAACCAGACAAGUUUUAAAAGUUGUUUUACAGAAGUAUUGCUCUGGUCGCGUGUGCACAGAAACAUUAACAUUGGUUGGUUCUUCUAGCUCAUCUGUUUUUCUUCAGUGAGCUGUUCUUACUGGUGUGAUCAAAGCAGCUGAUUAAGAACCAGUAACAAGACUCUUCCUCGUUGCACAUGAAGCUUUGAGGUUUCCACUGUCACAGGGCCUUGGCAGUCACGGACAUCCCUGGUUCCAGCCCUCUCCCUGUAAUGUCUUUACCAGAUAACCUGAGGCAAAUCACUAGGCUUGCUUAGCCUCAUCUGUAGAGUAAGGGGGAAAAAAUCAGUCUCCCAGGGCUGUGAGAAUGGAAUGAGAUAACUGAUUAUCCUGCCUUCAUUUUAAAGCAUAUCCUGUAUAAAGCCUAACAGUAAGCAACAAAGUUUUUAAAAAAUAAACUUGCGAGUCUAUCUAAAGCCCUUCAAAGAAAGAAAAAAGCCAUCAUGGGACUAUCAACUAUUUGUCUUUAAAUUUUUACCUUUCUGACAAAUAGAAAAAUCAAGCUGAAAUGUAGAAGCUAGUGAUGACGAAGUGUACAGUGACUGUGCUUCUUACAUCCAGUUUUAUCAGAGUGAAAAAUGCAGAGUCUGAAAUAUCAUAUUGGACCAGUUCUCAAUCUGAUGUGCCUGUACACAUGGUCUCUGAAAAAAAGGUAAUCUCAUUUACACGGUCCUAAAAUCUAUUUGAGAUUCCACUAGCUAAAAAUCCCUUCGAACAGUGUACCUCUAUUCCCUGAAUAAGGAUUCAGCCUUGGUGUCAUAUGACCAGAGGGAUAGAUUAAUUUCAUAUGACUUUUUUAAAAAGUCUGGAUGGACUAGAUGAUUUGCCAGGGAAUUAUAAUGAGUGAAAAAAGUCAACCCCGAAAGGUUACGCACUGUAUGAUCCCAUUUAUGUAACAUUCUUGAAAUGGCAAAAUUAUACACAAAGAGGAUUGAAUAGUGAUGGCCAGGGAGGAGGAGGAUUGGGGGUCAGAGGAGGGGAUCCAGUGGUGAUGGAAUGUUCUGCAUUCUGACUGUAUCUGUGUCAUCUUUGGGCUGUGAUAUUACACUAGACUUCUGCAAGAUGUUGCCAUUAGGGGAAACUUGUAUCGUUUCUUAGAAACACCUGUGAAUCUACAGUUAUCUCAAAAUAAAAAAUUUAAUUAAAAACAGGUCUCACUUGAUUUCUCACCUGGAAAACUUUAAAAAGUAAAGAUGAUUCUCAUCUCUACUAAGUUUUGCAUAAAGACAGUCAGAAGUCUUCCAUGAUGAAGUCAACACCCACGUCCAACAAAGAGAAGGCAUUAGCAGGGAUACACCGAGAGCUUGGAAGGUUCCAGGUGUUCCCUCGUGCUCCUCACCUCCAGCCCAGAAGCCUGGCGUUGGCUACGUUGUGAGAUUCCCAUUUGUGGACUCUUAACUGAAAAUUGUUUGAAUGAAUAAUCACAAAUCCACAUUACUUUAGCACCAGAGGGUGCCCCUGGAAAUUGUAUCCUACCAAAGAAUAAAGCACAGCAUGUACUCAACUUUUUUUUUUUUUAACAUUUAGUUAUUUUAUUUCUUAGGCAAAGUUAUACUGGCAAGUACAUCUGUGUGAGGCAAUAUUUGU